AUGGUGACUUGGGCCCUACUGCUUCCUCUGCUCGUGGCCGUGGCCCAGGCCCAGGUCUGCUCUGUGGAAAAGAACUCCUUCGAAGUCAGUGAGAACACGAGUCCCGGGCAGCUACUCCUCAACAUCACCGUCCCUGAGGGCCAGCAGGUGACCCUCGGACCCUCGCCCACCCGCUUCGCAUUUCGGAUCCAGGGGACUCAGCUGUUUCUCAAUGUGACCCCGGACUACGAGGAGAACUCAAUGCUGGAAGCAGUCCUGGAGUGCAAGAGGGAUGACACUGUGGUGACCAGCCUGAGGGUGUUUGUGUCAGUGCUGGAUGUCAACGACAACCCGCCCAGGUUCCCCUUUGUAGUCAAGGUCCAAAGGGUGUCAGAGGACACUAAAGUGAAUGCCGUCGUCAUCCCCGAGACAGAGCUGAGGGCCCAGGACCUCGACAAAGAUGACGUCCUGUUCUACACCCUCCAGGAAGUGACCCCGGGUACCAGCGGCUUCUUCUCUUUGGUGGGUGCGAGCCGCCCAGAGCUGCGGCUGGACCGGUCACUGGACUUCGACAGGUGGCCGAACAUGACCUUCCAACUGCUGGUCCGGGACACGCGAGAGGAGAACGUGGAGCCCAGCCACACGGCCACAGCCACCUUGGUCCUGGAGGUGCGGCCCGCCGACCUGCGGGCCCCCUGGUUCCUGCCCUGCACAUACUCUGACGGUUUUGUCUGCGUCGAAGCCCAGUACCACGGGGCUGUGCCCACAGGCCACACACUGUCAGGACCCCUCAUCCUGCAUCCUGGGCCCAUCUACGCCGUGGACGGGGACCGGGGCAUCCAUCAGCCCAUUGUGUACAGCAUCAUCAGGGGAAACGAGGAUGGCUCGUUCUCCAUUGAUGCCAACACAGGCAACCUCACCAUGACCAAGAGCAUCCCCAGCCCCAAGACCUUCCUUCUGCUGGUCAAGGGCGAGCAGGCGGAUCACGCCAGGUACUCGGUGACGCAGGUCACGGUGGAGGCCCAGGCCGCCAGCGGGAGCCCGCCCCGCUUCCCCCAGAGCCUGUACCGCGGCACCGUGGCGCUCGGCUCUGGGGUAGGCGUGGCCAUCAAGGAUGCAGCUGCCCCCUCCCAGGCUCUGAGGAUCCGGGCCCAGGAUCCUGAGUUCCCAGACCUCAACUCGGCCAUCACGUAUCGGGUCACCAACAACUCUAACUUCCGGAUGGACGGGGAGGCCAUGCUGACUGACGCUUCGCUGGUGCACGCCGGGGUCUUCUACGCAGAGGUUGAGGCCAGGAACACGGUGACCUCAGGCACAGCGACCACGGUCGUGGAGGUUCAAGUCUCAGAACAGGAACCCGCCGCCACAGGCCCCCCCCCGUCCCCAGAGACAGCAGGAACAACCAGAGCCUCCAGCGGCACCACGUCGGAAGCCCCUCGGCCCCCUGAGCCCUCUUGGGGGUCCUCCACGACCAGCUCUGGGGGCGACAGCAGCCCGCACCCCUCCUCAGGCACAACUCUGAGGCCUCCGGCCUCCUCCAUGCCUGGGGGGCCCCCCAGUGCGGGAACCAGCCCCUCCUCGCCAUCAGCCUCACCCAGUGGGGGCUCAGCACAGACCUCAAAGCCAGGAACCUCUCUGCCAAUGUCCCCUGGACCCAGCAGGACCACCCGGCCUACAGGUAGCACCACCAUUUACCCUAGUUACCUUCAUCCUGCUCUUCGGGUGUCCCGAGCUUGCCCCAGGCUGGCCCGGGAGUGCUUGCGGUGGGACAGCAAGCGGGCAGCGGUGUUGCCAGCAGGGACGCCUGGCACCGGAGGAAGCAGCCCGCCAGUGGGUUGCAGCUCAGACGCAAGCCGCUUCUCGGUGGUGGAUAUGGCGGCGCUGGGCGGGGUGCUGAGCGCGCUGCUCCUUCUGGCUCUCGUCGCCCUCAUAGUCCUCGUCCACAAGCACUACGGCCACCGACUCAAGUGCUGCUGUGGCAAAGCGCUGGAGCCCCAGCCCCAAGGCUUUGACAACCAGGCCUUCCUCAACAACCCCGACGAGGCCAGCUGGGCGCCGGCUCCUAGCCCCUCAUCCAGUCCCGUCCCGCCGGCUCCCCCAGAGCCUGCACCCCCAGAACCCAAGCCCCCCAGCCCGGAGACCCUCCGCCGAGUCGCCGAGUCCCCUACGGUGGCCCUGGAUGGGGACGGCCCGGCCGCUGUGAGGUCCAUCCUGACCAAGGAGCGGCGGCCUGAGGGUGGCUACAAGGCGGUGUGGUUCGGCGAGGACAUCGGGGCCGCGGCCGACGUGGUGGUCCUCAACACGCCUGCCUCGGAAGUGGACGGUGCUGGCGACGAGGGCAGCGAGGGCAGCGGCGACGAGGGCGCAGAGGCGGGCCUGCGCGGGGGUGCCCAGGACGCGCCUCGCUCCGACUCCGUCUACCUCUAG